AUCCGAGCUCAUGCCUCGGUUACGCCCAGUAAUCAGCCAAGUGCCAGCUUAGCAGCGUUUGUUGUAGUUGGCUUUGAUUAGGACGGCCUAGCUCGCUUGCGUCUAUGCAUUUCUGGCAGCUACUCGAAGGGUCAUGAUCGUGGUUUCCUUUUGAAUCCGUGAGUUUAGUCGAGGCAAGCUCCUCGCGUUUUGGAAACCUAGUGAUUCUAACAGAGAUGUCUGAUCCGAUUAGGUCCUUUAGGGAAGCGGGAGAUGAAGCUGAAACUAGUCAUCGAUCUUCUCGAGGGCCCCUUUUUGAGAUUGAAAGCGACACAGUACAGAAGACUAUUCUUGUAACGGGUGGUGCUGGGUACAUUGGCAGCCAUACAUGUGUCCAGUUGCUGGAAGAAGGAUUUAGGGUGAUAGUCGUCGACAACUUGGCAAACUCGUCCGAAGAGGCCGUGAGAAGAGUUGUUGAACUGGCCAAGGACAAAGGCAGUAAUUUGUCGUUCCUUAAGCUCGAUCUUCUCGACAAAGAAGCAGUUGACGCCAUCUUCCGAAGCCAUCAUGUCGACGCGGUCAUUCAUUUCGCCGGCCUUAAAGCCGUUGGUGAGAGUGUCAGCCUACCCAUGAAGUACUAUCACAACAAUCUGGUCGGGACAUUGAACUUGCUUGAAGUUAUGUCGGAGCAUGAUUGCAAGAAGAUCGUAUUCUCGUCGUCCGCAACCGUCUAUGGCCAACCGAAUCGCGUUCCUUGCAUGGAGGAUGACACCCUGCAAACCCUCAACCCGUACGCCAGAACCAAGUUAUUCAUUGAAGAGAUUUUGAAGGACGUGCAAAAGGCGGAUGCAGCAUGGCGAAUAGUCAUCUUGCGAUACUUCAACCCUGUUGGCGCUCACCCAAGCGGUAGAAUUGGCGAAGAUCCAAAAGGCCUUCCUAACAAUCUAAUGCCAUUUCUUCAGCAAGUCGCCGUGGAUAGAAGGCCGCAUCUUAUGGUCUUCGGCAACGACUACGAUACACGAGAUGGAACAGGGGUCCGAGACUUCAUCCAUGUAAUGGAUCUUGCAACUGGACACGCGGCUGCUCUUCAGAAAAUCUUCCACACUGCGGAUAUGGGCUGUGCAAUCUACAACCUCGGGAAUGGCCAAGGGAGCUCUGUUCUUGAAAUGGUUGCAGCUUUUGAGAAGGCAGCUGGCAAGAAAAUACCAGUGAAGAUUGUGGAGCGGAGACCUGGCGAUGCAAGCGAGGUUUAUGCAUGCACAGUGAAGGCUGCUCGGGAACUUGGUUGGAGGGGGAAGUACUCGAUUGACGACAUGUGCCGGGAUCAGUGGAAUUGGGCCCGGAAUAAUCCAUGGGGAUACGCUGAUGGUCCCCUGCCGUCAGAAGCUGGAGAGAGACCAGCACAAGGAGCUCCUGAUGUUUCGAAUGCAACGCUCACCAAAGAGUCUUCCAAUGGUCUUGCUUUAGGAGACAAGCACAAGGAAAAAGUCUCAGUAGACCUAUGAUGAUCCUGGGUUGCCUGAGCGCCCUACAGCCCACUACCGGCAAUUUGGAAGUUACCCUAAUGUUACUACAUGGCCAUACUUAGUGGCUAGCUGACAUAGGUUGCCUGAUCAAUCCAGUCCGGCCUGUUGAAGACCAACUUGAAAUAAGACAGGAAUGUGUCAACAUAUUGAUGUACAUUGUUA